CGCGAAGCAUCAGCAACUCUUUUAAAUAGCAGCGAACUGCUGUCACUUUUCAGUAGUUAGUUUAAAUUGCUCAGCGUCACUUUGUUUUCACAUCCACAGAAAUAAAAUCUAAAUUUUUCAACUUCCGUAUCUCUGAUUGAAAUCACGCAGCAGAGCGAAAAUGAGUACUUUACAAAUACUCUUGGCUAUUGUGCUGGGCCUUGUGGGCUACAUAAUCUACCAUCUGCGUCAAUCUUUAACCUAUUGGCAGCGACGUGGUAUACCAUGCGAUGAGCCGGAUUUCUACGCCGGCAAUACAGUUGGUUUGGGCAGGACACGCAGCUUUUCUGAUAUUUGGAUGGACACUUAUAAAAAAUUCAAAGGCAGCGGACCCUUUUGUGGUUUCUAUUGGGGUCGUGGUGCCAAUGUAUUUGUGCUAACACCAGAGCUGGCCAAGCUGGUGCUUAUAAAAGACUUUAAUAAAUUUGCAGAUCGUGGAUUUUACACCAAUCCUAAGGACGACCCGUUAUCCGGGCAGCUUUUCUUGCUGGAUGGUGACAAAUGGCGUGCCAUGCGCUCUAAACUUUCACCAACAUUUACCUCCGGUAAAAUGAAGAUGAUGUAUCCGGUUAUUGUGCGUGUUGGGGAGGAGCUUGCAAAUUUAUUUACGAAAAUGCAAAAGGAGGAUCCAGUGAUUGAAGUGAAAGAGCUCACGGCACGCUUCACUACCGAUGUGAUUGGUACCUGCGCUUUCGGUAUUGAGUGUAACAGCUUGAAGAAUCCAAAUUCGGAGUUUUGCGUGAUGGGCCGCAAAGCUUUGAACGAUGUGCGGUUGAAACCGUUAGGUCGCAUGUUGGUCAACACAUUUCCCAACCUAGCCAAAUUAUUACAUGUAAAAAUGAUUCCCGAUCAUAUCACCGAUUUCUAUAUGCGUAUUGUGCGCGAGAAUAUCGAAUACCGUGAAAAGAAUAAUAUCAGACGUAACGACUUCUUCGAUAUGUUGCUGGAUUUGAUGAAUAAUAAGUUGAUGAAAUCCGAAGAUGGUCAGAAUAUGAGCAUCACCGUAGAGGAAUUGGCAGCGCAGGCUUAUGUGUUUCUGAUAGCCGGUUUUGAGACUUCAUCGACUACACUAUCGUUUGCACUCUACGAAUUGGCACAACAUGCGGAUAUACAGGAACGUGCGCGUCAGGAAGUUUUACAGGUGCUCGAGCGCCAUGCUGGAGAGUUCACCUAUGAAUGCAUGAGCGAAAUGGUUUACUUAAACCAAAUCAUAUCGGAGACUUUGCGUAUGUAUACGGUGCUGCCAGUAUUGAAUCGCAAGUGCUUGGAGGACUAUCCGGUGCCAGGCCAUCCGAAAUAUGUGAUUAAGAAAAACAUGAAAAUUCUGAUACCAGUGGGUGCGAUGCAUCGCGAUCCCGAUCUAUAUCCUAACCCAGAUGUUUUUAAUCCCGAUAACUUUGCACCAGAAAACCAGGCCAAACGCGACUGCAUUGAGUUCUUAGCUUUCGGCGAAGGUCCACGAAACUGCAUUGGCAUGCGUUUUGGGCAGAUGCAAGUGCGUGUUGGUUUGGCGUAUUUGCUGCAGAAUUUCAGGUUUACUGUGUGCGACAAAACACCCAUACCAAUGACAUACAACAUGAUCAGCUAUCUCAUUAGUUCCAAAUCUGGCAUAUACCUGCGUGUGGACAAAGUUUGAUUGUUUUAGAUUAAUGAAUUGUCUUGAAUACCUCAAUGGACUUAUUGUUUGUGUAAAAAUAUAUAGAUACUUAUAGUUAAAUAAUUGAAAUUAAUAAAACAAGUAAAUUUAGUGCAGAAAA